AUUUAGCAGAUCUUAACCUAGCAGAAACAGGCAGCUGGAAACUAACAAUGUAAACAAACGUGAAUUACAAUUUGUUGCUAGAAAGCUAAUAUUUUUAAUCAUUGGUGGUUAUUUAUUGUAUUAAAUACUUAAGAAAGGAUAAAAAUGAAUAAACUUAGGCGGAACUUAUUUUUCAAAAUGGAAAAUACAUGUAGGUGUUAUAGUAGAAAUGUAUUACGCCGUAAACCAAUUAAAGUAUUGAAUGUACCAGAAGACUCUUUAGCAUCCAUUCAAAAUGAAGCUCGUUAUCCAAAAUUAAAACUAAGUAAUCACAUGGAUAACACUUCAUUAGAAGUUUCGAUUGGAAGUGAAACUAAAUUGAUUCCAUAUUACGAGAAACUUCAAAAAAGUGAUCCUCGUUUUACGAAAACUAUAAGUCUUAUUAAAAAUCGUCAAAUGAGGGAGAUCAAUGGUAAAAUUCUUUUGGAAGGAAAACGACUGAUUAAUGAUGCAAUCGAUGCUGGAAUGGAACUUAAAUCUAUUUAUUUUAGCCGUGAAAAAGAUCUUGCUGAAAUAAAUUUUCGAAGGGCAGCUCAAAAAGUUGAAUUCUUCAAAGUCUUAUAUAGAACAAUGCAAAUGUGGUCAGAUCUGAAAACUUGUCCAGGUGUAAUGGGUAUUUUCAAAAGACCAUGUGCUGAAGAUGUACAUAUGUUAUCUGAGCCUGUGCUACCUGUAAACAUUAUUUGUGAUAACAUUAAAGAUCCUGGAAAUUUGGGCUCAAUUAUAAGGAAUGCAGCCUCUGCUGGCUGUCAGAAUAUUUUAUUAAUGAAAGGCUGUGUUGAUCCUUGGGAAGCAAAGGUCCUAAAAACAGGUUGUGGUGGACAUUUUCGGAUACCGAUUAUCAGCAAUAUUGAAUGGACACUCCUCUCCAAUUACAUAUCUAGGGAGUCACAUAUUUUUAUUGCUGAUAAUUCAGAUGAUAUAGAGAAAUGGAAACAAACUCCAGAAUUUAUAAAUUAUGAUGAAAGUAUUGAAGAAAUCGAUGAUACUUCAGAAGAUACAAUUAAAAAAUAUGCCACAGUUAAUGAACAUAAUCAAAUUAUUCAUAUUGAUGAAACACUUCAAGAACCUACUGAACUGGAAAUGUUGGAAACUACAAACCUUCCUUGCUAUUUAUACUCAAGUAUAAAAUUUCCUAAGAAAAAUAUAGUUUUAUACGUUGGUGGUGACACAAAUGGCCUAGAUAAUCGAAUAGUAAGAUUAGCUUAUGAUUACGGUGGUAAAAAGAUUAAGAUACCUCUGGAAAACAAUAUGGAUAAUUUAAAUUCUUCAUUUUCAUUAACUAUAAUUCUGUAUGAAAUCAAACGACAGCUGACAGAAAGAUAUGUAACAAAAUAAAAUAUGUUUUAGAUA